AUGACCGCCAUUUUUCAUAAUCCUCUCGCGUCGCAGUACACUGUGCCACAGGCAGCGCGUCCUGACGCGAGCGUCUCCGCGUUCCACACCUCCCUUGAAGGUUAUACACCAACAGAUCUGCUCUCUCUCCCUGAUCUCGCACGCGAGCUGCGCGUAGGACACGUUCUUGUGAAGAACGAGUCCGUGCGCCUCGGACUCCCUGCCUUCAAGAUCCUGGGCGCGUCGUGGGCCGCAUGCCGCGUCAUUACACGGCAUCUAGGGUUGCCGCUGAAUCAUGUUGGACGAUCGCUCGCGGAUCUGUCAAGGGCGGCAAAGGAUCGCGGGAUCACCCUGCUGACCGCGACGGACGGGAAUCAUGGACGCGCGUUGGCCAGGAUAAGUAGCCUGCUAGGAGUCAAGUGCCAGGUCUAUGUGCCAAAGGGGCUCGAGACAUCAGUGGUAUCGCUUAUUGCGGACGAAGGUGCACUGGUAGAAGAGGUGGAUGGCGAUUACGAUGCCGCUGUGCUCAAGGCUUACGAAGCUGCGAAUGCUGUGAGGAAUGGUAUCUUAGUGCAGGAUACAGCUUUAGAGGGCUAUGAAGAGAUUCCGAAGUGGAUUGUAGACGGAUACUCGACCAUGUUCGUGGAGAUAGACGAGCAAAUACACACGCUGACAGGAGGAAAGGAUGCUGACAUCGUCAUGGUUCCUGUCGGCGUCGGCUCCCUAGCUCAGGCCGCCGUCACACACUUCAAGCGGACCGGACGCACAAGCCAAACUCAGAUCAUCACUGUAGAGCCCGACACCGCUGCCUGCCUCAUAACCGCGCUCAGGAACGCGUCGGCGUCCUCGACAAGCGCCGUCACCGCCUCUGUGCCAGGCGGGACCUUGACAAGCCCGACUAUCAUGACCGGCUUGUGCUGCGGCACCGUGUCGCCGCUCGCGUGGCCGUUGCUGCGCGGGGGCGGCGAUUUCGCCACGUCAGUCGCGGACAUUGAGGCGCAUCAGGCCGUGAAGGACCUCCAACGGGUUGGUAUCGACGCAGGACCGUGCGGGGCUGCGCCCCUCGCAGCACUCCGUCGCUUUGCAUCCCUGCGGCCUGGGGCUCUCCGUCCGGACAGCGUUGUCCUCCUACUCGCGACCGAGGGCCCGCGAGAAUAUGUACCACCGCUCGACGCGACCACGACGGACCCCGUCGUGCUCACACAGAUCCUGACGCGCAUCGACUCGUCGAACCCUGACCUCAGCAAAGACGCGGGUGCGGGAGAGGCUCGUAUCGCUGACUACCUCCACGCAUGGCUGGCGCACCACGGCUUUGCGGUGCACCGCCUCGAGGCGCGCCCCGGCCGGCCCAGUAUCAUCGGCGUCGCAAAGGGAAGUGGCGCAGGACGGACGUUGAUGUUCAACGGGCAUGUGGACACGGUGACGCUGGCUGGAUACAACGGUGAUCCGUUGAGUGGUGAGAUCAUCGACGGUGCUGUGCAUGGGCGCGGCGCCUUCGACAUGAAAGCGGGCGUUGCUGCAUCACUGGUGGCUGCCUAUCGUGCACGCGAGACGCAUGAUCUGAAAGGAGAUAUCGUUCUAGCCCUUGUUGCAGACGAGGAGAACUUGAGCUUGGGCACACAGGAGGUGUUGGCGGCCGGCUGGCGGGCGGACGGUGCAGUUGUCAGCGAACCCACCGACGAGGCUCUUAUGCUCGCGCACAAGGGCUUUGUCUGGGCUAAAGUUGACAUCAUCGGGAAAGCGGGGCACGGGUCCCGUCCUGACCUGGGUGUAGAUGCCAUCGCGAAGGCGGGACACUUCCUCGUUGCGCUGGAGCGCUACGGCGAUGCACUAAUGAAAAGCCAACUGACGUGUGCAGUCAGCCACUCGCUACUUGGCACGGGAACUGUGCACGCCGGUCUGAUCAAGGGCGGAGAAGAGAUAUCAUCUUACCCAGCACUAUGCACUGUCUCCGUUGAGCGCAGGACGGUGCCUGGAGAGACGCCUGUGACGGUGGAACAGCAAUUACGAGUGAUCCUCGACGGCAUAACGAGAGACGUACCGGACUUUCAGUACGCGUUGCGCAUAGGCGAGUCGCGCUCGCCCUACGAGGUCGACGCGGAUCAUGCGUUCGUGCGCCUCUUCAGCAAGCACGCGGAAGCGGUCCUCGGUGUGCCCCCCAGAAUUACCGGUGCCCCGUACUGGGCGGAUAGCGCGCUCUUGGCAGACGCAGGGAUACCUGUCGUGCUGUUUGGGGCGCAGGGUCGGGGCAUGCACUCGGCGAACGAGUCGGUGGAUGCCGCGAGUAUCAAGCGGGUGACCCAGCUGCUAACGAAAUUUGCUACUGACUUCUGUGGCGGGACUAAGAACUGA